UAAUAGCUUUUACAAAUUGUGCAAUUUGGUAUGAAAAACAUUAAUUUAAUGAUAAUAUAUGUCCUUUUAUAAGAUGGGCCGUUAAACAAUCAAACAUAUAUCAAUUGUAAACUUUGAUCCAUUUAUUCAAUUAAUUCUAUUUCAAUUAUUAACGAGCAAAGGUCAUUGUUUGUGACCUUAUUUUGGUACCUUUGCCUUGAAAAUAGGCAACACAGCUACGUACAACUGUCGAGUACAAGAACAAUAUAUAUUCAUUGUGUACAUUAUGUACAUAUAAGCCGGCCUAGCUAAAGGUCCAACCUAUAGUACUCUCCUAAAAUUAUUGUUCUCUUCAUUGUAUACACCAUUCUAUAAAUAGCUUCUUUCAAAGUAUGAUUAGCAUAUCCAAAACACACAACACCAAACCAAAUAAAUAAUAAUAAUUUUGAAAGCUCUCUCAAUUGUCACAACCUUUAAUCAUGGCCUCAAAAGCAUCAUCUCCCACUUUAUUCUCACUACUCUUAAUAGUGUUCUACUUUGGAUUUCUUGAAAUGACAAUGGCUGGAGACCCAGAUAUCCUAACAGAUUUCGUACUACCAAUCAAUGCUAGCCAAGGGGUCGAUGGGAGCUUCUUCACAUUCACUGGCUUGGAAUCCUUAAUGGGAGCGGACCCGCCCGCAACCUUUAAGGGCACCAAAGUGAGCAUGGCGGAGUUUCCAGCUCUCAACGGCCAAAGCGUUGGCUGUGCCGUUCUUCAGUUCCCGCCCAUGACCGCUAACCCGCCACACACUCAUCCCCGCUCCGCCGAGCUUCUCCUCCUCACCGAUGGCAGUCUCGAAGUGGGUUUCGUCGACACAGCAAAUAAGCUUUACACGCAGUCUCUACAGGUAGGAGACAUUUUUGUGUUUCCAAAGGGAUUGGUGCAUUUCCAGUACAACUCUGAUCCUCAGAAUUCUGCUGUGGCUGUUUCGGCUUUUGGGAGUGCCAAUGCUGGGACAGUUUCUCUUCCAAACACUUUGUUUGCAUCUGGUUUGGAUGAUAAUGUGUUGGCUAUCUCUUUCAAGACUGAUGUUGAUACCAUUCAAAAGCUCAAGGCUGGUCUUGCUCCAGCUCCUAAGCACUAAGAAUUAACAACGUACGUCCAUAAGAGAAGUUCAUAUAUAUGAUCAGCUACGACUUAUUAUUGAUUUUCAUUAAGUUUCUUCUUCCUUUUAUAUGCAUGUUAUUUUUGAUUAUGUGUUUGGUUGGUUGGUUGGUUGUAGUUCCAAAUGAGUGUAGUCAAGGACUUUAUUAAGUGUUUUUUAAUAUGUGUUUA